CUAGCACAACGACGGAAACGGAAAUGAGCCAAACUUCCGAUGUAUCUGGGAAACCUGCGGCUUAACACGGUUAAAACGUACGAUAGUCGAGCUUAUUAAAGUAAACGUAAUCAGAAUUCCAAUAAAAACUAAAAAUAUGGCCCUUGAGUCCCGUGUCACCCAGGAGGAGAUAAAGAAGGAACCAGAAAAACCAAUCGACCGCGAAAAGACCUGUCCUCUCCUGCUGCGUGUUUUCACCACCAACAGUGGGCGACAUCACAGACCCGAUGAAUUUGCUCGUGGUAACGUCCCCUCCAGUGAACUGCAGAUCUACACAUGGAUGGAUGCUACUCUGAAGGAACUGACCGGUCUGGUCAAAGAAGUUUAUCCAGAGGCCAGGAAGAAAGGAACUCACUUCAGUUUUGCCAUUGUGUUUCCUGACCCAAGAGCGAAAGCAUAUAGAUUGAAAGACAUUGGCAGUACUGUAUCAGGCAGGAAAGGAGCAGACGACUCAAUGACACUACAGUCUCAGCGUUUCCAGAUCGGAGAUUAUCUGGACAUUGCAAUUACACCGCCCAAUAGAGCUCCACCUCUUGGCACACGCAUGCGGCCGUUUUAAACACAUUAAGCAUCCAACAUAAUUCCAGUAGUUUUUUUUUUUCCUCUGGUCUGCAACGUGUUAAUUUUUUUAAGAAUGUGACGUGAAAAUAAAAUGUUUUCCAUA